GAGAGGUGCGCUUGCGACUUGUCGUACGCGUCGUCGAAGUACAUAAGCUUGUGUGUGAAUUCAAUCCCUUGCAGCCAGCCGCUCAACCUUUUUUCCGUUGAUCGUUGCCCGUUGUUUUAUUUGUUUUUUUCCACCGCUGUCGCUCGGCGUGCAACAAUCGACAACUGAUCUGUGUCAAGUGCGAAAAUUCUCUGUGCCUGUGUGGUGUGAUACUGAUUGAUAAAACAGAACGGCAACUGGCGAGCGCGCGCGCGUGGUGUGUUCGAUGAAGUCUAACGGCAGAAGUGCGCGUUGCUGCAAUCUGACGGCGUUUCGCCGCAGAUGAGAGAAAGAGAGAGAGAGAGCGCGAGGAGGGAGAGCAGAAUCGUGCCAAGGAAGAAAAGCAAAUUUCUGGUUUCUUUUGUUUUUUUGGUUUAUACGGGAGUGUGCGGAUAACGGCGACAGCAACGAAGCGCCGUAGUUUUCAGUUUGCUCCCUUUCGCGGGAACUGCCAGAAGUGAAAAUUUGCUUCUCUCUUUCUCUCUCUCUCUCUCUCUCUCUGGCGUGGAUGCAUCGCCAGCAGCGAGGUCGCUGCAGCCUCUGAGAGCGAGAGAAGACGCGGAGAAUGCAAGAGAGAGCCAUGAACGCGACGAGAUUUAGGAUGCGCUUCUUCGCCGCGCCGCUCCUCCUGCUUGCCUUCUCGUGCUACCUCGGAGCGAUCCAGGCCUACGGGGUGGAAGAGACAUCGAUAGACACGAAGGAAGGAGCAACGGUGAAUCUGCCGUGCAAAUUCCCGCCACCGACGGUGAACGCCACGUUUUUCUGGCUGACGCACACGAAUGGCGCUCACGACAACGCAGCCAUCGAGCAGACGGCCCUGGCGCCGCACUACCGCGUGCACAUGCAUCCCGAUAGGGGAGAGUACAACCUGCAGAUCCGCAACGUGUCGUACUCGCGCGACAACGGCAAGUACGAGUGCAGGGUGAAGGUCAGCGGCACCGGCGAGAAUCUCUAUCACAAGAACAUCACGCUGACGGUACUGCGCGCCCCGAGUGCGCCGACCAUCGUGCUCGGCUCGCCGAUCGUGCGCGAAGAGGAGCGCCUCGAGCUCCACUGCAGGACCAACGGCGGAAGUCCCGAGCCCGACGUCAAGUGGUACCGAGGCGACUCGAAUAGCCUGGUGCACACCGGGCGCACUUACGUGCUGAUACCGAGCAAAGACGACGACGGCUCCAAGCUGCGUUGCACCGUGUGGAACCGAGCGAUGGACGACGGCUACACGCUCUCGGCCAGCAUCACGCUCAACGUGCAGUACUUUCCGCGAGUGUCGCUCGGCUCGGAGAACCCACUCAAAGUCGAAGUCAACAACAUGGCCACGCUCAAGUGCAAGGUCGAUUCCAAGCCCGCUGUCACGUCGGUCAGGUGGUUGAAGGACAACAGUUUCGUCGCCAUGAGCUUCAACCAUAUCAUUCCGAAGGUGACGCUUCAGGACGCCGGCAAGUACACUUGCCAGGCCGACAAUGGGCUGUCGAAGAAGGGCGAAAGCUUCUUGCACUUGGACGUGCUUUAUCCACCCAGCGUGUCCAUCGAAGGCGAUAAGAUCAGGACCGUGGAAGUCGAGGAUAGUGUUACCGUACACUGCAACGUCUCGUCUAAUCCGGAGCCAACUAAGAUCGAGUGGCUUCGCGAAGGUCGCCCGGACUUCCGCAUAGAGGGCUCGAUUCUGCGCCUGUCGCGCGUCACAGCCGAGCAAGCUGGCAAUUACACCUGUCGGGCAAUCAACUCCAUUCAUCCAUCCGGAGGUGAACGUCGUAACUACUCGUUCGCCUCGAAGGUGGAGAUCCGCGUGCGUCACAAGCCGGGUCCGGCUCGCAUCACACCUAACGCCCCGGUCGCCGUCGAGAACACCAAGGUCAUCCUGAACUGCGUGGCCAAUCCACCUGGUUACCCCGAGCCCACGUUCCAGUGGACCCGUGAAACCGAGGGAGGCCUCUCGUCCACCGAGUACAUCGGUCAGAAGUACGAAAUCCAGUCGGUGCAUCUGGGUAGCGAAGGCAUCUACAGGUGUCACGCUAUCAACGAGAUCGGCAACGGCGAGUCCGCAUCGGUCAAUCUUACUGUUCACCAGUCACCCAAGAUCCUCACCAAGCUUCAACCUCACGUCACUCGGAAGGUCGGCGAAUCGUCCUUCCAAGUGUCAUGCGUAGCGCAAGGUAAACCCCGACCAUCGGUGCGUUGGAUGAAGGAUGACAACGAGCUCACCGCUGACCAAAGCCUUUACAAAGUCUCUACGACGCUGUCGGAGGGUCACGGCCGAGUAAUAACGGUAAACUCGACGCUCAGUUUCCUGGGUAACGCGCGCCCGGAGACCGAUCGAAUGAUCGCCAACGACCGUGGCAAGUACACUUGCGUGUUCGAGAACGAGGUGAAGAAGGUCGAGUCGCAAAUGAUGCUCAAGGUGGAGCAUGCGCCGAUCAAGCUGAACCUCUAUGACAAAGUGGCGAGUAACUUUCACGAGACCGCCAACGUCACGUGCAAGGUGCAAGCGUGGCCCAAGCCCGAGUUCCAGUGGAGCUUUGGUACCAAUGCCGCUCCGCUGCAAGGCUCGUCGAGCGAUGGCCACUACGAGAUAUCCACCGCGAGCGACAACUACGACGUGUACACUUCGGUCUUGAAAAUUACUAAUAUCCGCGACACCGACUACGGAGAGUACAGCUGCAGGGCGGCAAAUGCUCAGGGCAGUACCACCUCGGUGAUCAAGUUACAACCUAAGGGCGCGCCCGAGAGGCCUAUUAACCUGAGGGCCAUGGACGUUGGACCAACCUACGUUGCCCUUAUGUGGGAUCUCGGUUUCGAUGGUGGACUGCCCAUCACCAAAUAUUUCGUGUCGUAUAAGAGGGUUGCCCCGGCCGACGAGAUCAUUGCCGCCGAUUGCGCGCCACCUAGGGGGCCGUCUAAUCAGUGGAUGGAGGUCGAUUGCCGCAGAUCAAAUCCUUGCAACGUUUCUGAUCUCGAGCAACACCAAACUUACAUUUUCAAGGUGAAAGUGUACAAUACUAACAAUCACUCGGACUACUCGGACGAAGUGACGUCGACCACAGCAGUGGCCAAAAUUCCAUCUCCGUUGCGGGUGAGUUACGAUCCCGAAGGCGGCACUCUCGGCAUUAAUGUUGGGCCAACGUGUUUGGCGCUCGUCGCCUCGAUCGAGAAGUCCGACUCGGGCUCCGACAAUACGUGGCGCAUCGUUGAAGACUGGCCACUCGAAGUUUUGGGUGGCGCGAGUACGCAGAGGGAAGACGUUCUUCAAGACUCUGCCGCGUCCAGUUCCGAGCCCAGAAUUCGCGUGAGGUUGUGCCUGAAAGCCGAUCGCCAGAAGUGUGGAGAUUACCUCGAGGCUGAGAUCGGGCCGUCAUACAUAGCACGAGCCGGUACACUGGCAACUCCAACUUUAAUUGCUCUGGUAGUGAGCGGAGCCGUGUUCCUAUUGUUCGCUGCGCUGCUGCUUCUGUUCUGCCGCUGCCGCAGGAAACACGCUGCCAAAGCCAAAGACUACGAGAUGGAUUCGAAUGCAGUGAGACCGAGCUUGGUGACCGGAAACGGAGGACAGACUCAGGCGCCGCCACCCUAUUACGCUGAAAAUAAGGCAUUGGAGCAUAGUUUGGAUCACGCCUUAGCCCUUGAGGACUCGAAGACGCCAGCUUACGGACAGAGCGGUUACGGCUAUCAUCAGCCCAAUCACAACAUGAAUGGUGAGAAUGACGGCGUGAACAUGGGCUACAUGGAAAACAGCUACUCGAAUUCGAACAACGGUGGCUCGGUCAACUCUCAAGACUCGAUCUGGCAGAUGAAACAAGCCGCAGCGAACGGUGGCGUCGGAGUGAAUGCCGGCAACGUCGGUGUGGUGGGUACACCUUACGACAUGGGUGGCUACGGCACCACUGAACCCGACUAUCCGACCCACCAGCACUACAUGCCACAGCAAGAUUACAGGGACACCCACAAUCUCAGCCGCCAGCAAUUCUGCGAGCCCUUCGGCACGGUCGUCAAGUCGCAGAAGCAUGUCGAUUCGCCAUACGACGUAUCAGGUCUUCCCUACCAAGAGAACUACGACGAGGACAGCAAGCCACCGCAGCAGGUGAGCCUGUCGUACGACGAGUCACUGGAGUCUGGCUACUCGACCCCGAACAGCCGGGGUCGUCGCAUCAUCCGCGAGAUAAUCGUCUGA